AUGUGCUCCAUGAUUGGAAAUAAGCUGGACGCUGGAGACAGAGGGGCCUCUCGUACUUGCAACGUCAAGCACAAAGAGUCAUUCAACAAUGUCAAGCAGUGGCUUCAGGAAAUUGACCGCUAUGCCUGCGAGAAUGUUAACAAGCUCCUGGUCGGUAACAAGUGUGACCUCACGACGAAGAAGGUGGUUGACUACACGACAGCAAAGGAGUUCGCGGACCAGCUGGGCAUUCCCUUCCUAGAGACGAGCGCCAAGAAUGCCACAAAUGUCGAGCAGGCGUUCAUGACGAUGGCGGCAGAGAUCAAGAACCGCAUGGGACCCCCGACCACGGAGGCGAACCUGCGGGCCGGCGACGGCAAGAUCAACCCAGGAACGCCCGUCCAGCCUCGCAGCUCCGGAUGCUGCUAAUUCAGAAAGAGAAACCCUCCUCCUCCUCCUCCCUUCACUACCCUCCCCCCCAUUCCCACAGAGAGAGAGAUCACCCAGCCUCCUUGCCACCCCUUGUUUCUCUGCUCCAUCUUGUCCUCCAGCGAAGGACUACAAGGACGUACUCACAUAACACAAAACAUGACACACGAGCUGGGAGACGCACACCUAGGCUGCCGGGAUUGGAAUGUGCCCUUCCUCUGCUGCUUUCUGUAGUGCCGCAUCUCCCCGUUCCCCCUACCCCCCUUUUUUUGUUGAAGAAUGUUUGCAAACAUGUGACCCCGCGUUCCUCCCGCAUCUCGAGUGUUUCUUUUGUGGGGCCGCUCUGCGAAGAACCUCUUUUGCGACCCUGUUAUCAUGUAGCAAUGUCACUGCUGCUGCUGUGGUGUAGUGUCACUUUACUGACUGCGUGGUCUUAGGUUGCGCCGGUCGCCUGCUCUUAAUUGGCAACAUUUUUUUUUAUUUAAAGAACUGUUCUGUGUAUGUAUGUUAACAAGCUGCUUUUUCAUUUGUUAUGUAGCGCUGACAUGUAAAGCCCACACUUUUCCUGGACUCUCGUGUGCUUUUGAAGUUUUAAGCCGAGGUUCACAUUCUCUGAGACUAGCAAUGAACUUAGCUGGCCACCGGCUCUACGUUUGGGUUAUUCCUCGCGUUUCGUUGGUCCUGUCCCAUGCCACGCUGUUACGAGUUGCUGCUCAAAGUAUGGCAAACGGCUCAUUGCGAACCUAUGCCUUGAAAGCUUGUUUCUUUUUGAGCCAUUGAAGUGUUCUCAUGUGCAUCAUACACCGAGCAACUUGUGUGCGUGUUGGGAACGCUUCAGCUAACACGUUGGCUCGCUUAAAGUUUGUCGCCGGCCUUUCUUCGGAAAGCAGUAGAAGGGAAGGACCCAGGGGGGGGGCAGCUAAAGUUGUGUAGCAUUGCCGUUUACAUUGAAAUUUUUUUGAAAGCGCAGGCGUGAAGUUAAUCGGGUGCAUGAAUGAAACAGUUCUAGAUCAAAUGUUUUGUACCGAGCUUCGCUUGAGGCAGUGCGAAUGCUAGCGUGCGUCCUUGCGUGACAAAAGUAGAGAUGUCUGUGCGGAGUUUGGUUGGAGGCGGGGGAGGACCACGAGGGGUGAUGAACUGCAAGAUGUUUGACGAAGCGGGAGCGCACCUCACGCUUUUCGAAUGACUGUCUACAAAGUGGGACUUGUGAGGGGGUAGUGUGUUGCGACGACCCAAAGCCAGUCCAUGUCCUACGUCGGUAAUCCUUUCGCAGGGCUUGACCCGAGUCGCUCUUUUUUAAUCUGCCUUAGCAUUCCACACGUACACAAACAUGUCGACGGCUUGGGUGAACACGUGGGGUAGGUCGGAGGCUGGGGACUUUCGUACGACCGCGUAACGUGGCGCAACGUUUCGGCGAGCGCCAUUUUUCUCCCCCCGUGGCAGAAGCAGCGAAAACUGGACUAAUGGCAGGCGACAAUAACAAAGCUCGCUAUUCACUUUGGCUUGCGCCGAUGCCCAUUUUGGUGGCCGAGGCUGGUACAUUUUGUUUCUUUCGGCGGGCUUGCGCUGGUCACGUCGGUUCGAGUCGUGAAGAGUUAGCAAUUUUUUUUUUAUUUUCUGAUGGAAUGCCUGUAUUACUGCUUUACAUUUAUAUAUAUAUAUAUAAUAUUACAUGCUGUAUAUGGCAAUGACCACCUCCACAUGUACAUAAAGAAAGGCGUAGGCUGUCUGUUGUGAGCUCCGUUUCCUCUCCCCAGAGUUUGUGCUGGUUUUUAAUGAAGUUCUUGUUUUACUUCAGUCUUUCUUUCUUUUUUUUUUGAUUGCGAGGUUGUUCAGUGUCCAGCCUAGGACUGAGCUCUGCUGCAACCUUCGUUCACUCGAAAGGGGUUUAACCGUCCUGCCAAAUUCAGCAGUGGCAAGGAAGUUUGCGAGGUGCCGAGUGAGUGUUGCUAGGAGUGGCACAUUUUUUUUUUUUUUUUGGUAUGCAUGUGUUGAGUGGUGUUAGCGCCUUAGCCGAAGGAAGAAAAGGUUUCAGUUUCUGCAGUUGUGGUUGCGUACCACUGCGUUUUUUUUUUAUCGUCAAUGCAACUGUGAGGUUUGGUGGGGUGGCAAGAAUUGCCUUUGAGGUUUUCUCGCUGAUGCUGUGUUGAGUGAGGAUUGCAAUUUUUUUCUUCCUGUUCCUCCGGACGCUUCUGUGCUCGGCCAGUCGAACGUGAGAGGUGUAUGAUUUAGUGUAUAUUUGAAGCGUAUUAAAAGAAAUCUCUUUGUUGGGC